AAUUACAAUACCACAAGUUGAUUAUUCAUGAAGUUAUUCGAAAAAAUCGAAAAAAAAUAUUUCCGUGUUUGCUUGCAAUUUACAAUUAAACUAAUUUUUAUAAAAUUUCGAAAAUGGGCUCAUAAUUUAGAUCUUUUCACGACGAACAAAUUUUGUACGAAAACUUUUUCUGAAAAGUUUACAGAAAAAAAAGUUAUAUUUCGAAAUAUGAGUUUUUCAUAUUUCAAGAAUUUUUUGCGGCCAAACCCGUUCGAAAAAAAUACUAGUCCCUAUAUUUUAUACGUCCAUGGGACGGAGCACAAACCCCCUCAUCUGGUUCUAGUGGUUCUGUCCCCGCCGUCGGGUUAGGUUAUUCAAUUGCUGCCAGUGGGUUUCGUGUGCAUGCUGACGUUUGUCAUUUUUUGGUUGAUAAACAAAUUAUCCUUACCAAGGCAAAUAACAGUUAACCAUGUUUGGAGUACUAGAACAAGUUUGGACGUUUUUGAAAUACUGGUAUUUUCGUUAUGCGCUAGUAACGGAGCUUUACAUGGUCGAAAAAUGGGAAAGGAAUGUUGUCCAUAUUUUCCUGUUGGCAAUGUUUGGGUUGUUUUUCUAUUUUAAUUACAGAGUCCUGGUUCCAUCGGCAUCACAAAUAUUGGUUCGAUUGUCAUGAAUUUUGAACUAGUGAAUGUUCAAUAACAAGUCACAAUACACACCAAUAUCCUCGGAAUAAAAUUUUUCCGUUUCUAAUGUUUUUUAUUUCCAAAUAAUGUUAAUGGUAUGCAAUGCAUGAUUUACAGUAUGUACAAUAUUGUAAUGAAUACAAUGUUACCAUAUAGGUAUAAUUCGGAUGAAUAAUGUAAUUUACACAUACUCUAAUGGCAGAGUAUGUGAAUUAAAGUUUAUAAAUGUUAAAUAUGCGUUCUAAGAUUUUGGGUAUGUUUAAAUUGAGUUAAAGAAUUAUCAUAAUAUGUGAUGUCGCUUCAUAUUAUUGCUUAUUUGUAAUUAUGAUGACGACAGUUAUAUUCAGGUGAAUGCUGUCACUAGAGUUUGUGAAUGGAGAACUAAAAACUUGGUCGUUACCGAUAUAAUUGGAUAAUGCACACAAAGCUAGACAGAAUUUCUCGUAUAUGUCUAGACCAAAAAUAUGAAUUUGUUCACUUUUCUAACAGUCCACGUUGCUAUUUUUUUCAUUUUACUUCAUAAUAUAGUCCCGAACUAAAUGCAGCUUACUUUUUCUCUUAUUUAUAUUUUUCUAUCCGGCUAAAUUAUCAUCCAACAAUGCUUAUUAAUAAUCACAUUUGAACUAUAAGAACUGUAAAAGAAUAAUUACGAUCUAUUAUUUUCGGCAGUUGUAUAUCGUACUGAAUAUUAAAACCAUUAUGAUUAAUUUAAUCAGUAAUACAUCUGAAUCAUAUACGAAUUAUGGAUGAUAGAACAAUAAAGAGUCUAGAAUUAUAGCUAGCACGGCCGAAAUUA